UUGUAUAUUCUUUGACCUGUAUCGGAGUCGGAGAAAACUUGGCCGUCAUCAGCCGUCAUUUUAUUAUAAUUGUGUAUUUUGCUGGCUAUUUUAUGUGAUUGAUCACAAAAAUGGCCAAACUAGUGGAUAUAUACAAUAGCGAAAAAGAUCCUGUUAUUAAAAGAAGACAACUACCGCUAACUAUUUAUGAAAAUCUCACUAUGAUAAUGGACUUGAAAACAAUGGGACUGAUUUGUGAUAAUCCACAAGUUAAGGGACGGGAAUACGAAGAAUUCAUGCGAAAAUAUAGAAUCCUCUCAACAGAAGAACUUAAAGCAGCUCUAAGGGUCGACGCUACUGACAUAUUUAAUGUAUUAAACCAAAGCAUUCCUUGUGUGGGCUGUAGAAGAAGUGUGGAGCGAUUAUUCUAUCAACUUUGUAAAUCAGAACAUCCAACAUUAGAUCCAUUAAUCCUCACCCCGGAUGGCACAAUGACAAUAAGAGAGGAUAAGAUAACACAUUCACAGUCGCUGGCAACUCUGCUAAAUGGACAUAGCACUGGGAUUGAAUGUCUAAUCCUAAGCCAACCACGAUGGAAGAAGUCUCAGCGGUGUACAUUGCACUCGUUAGAGGCAGGGGGAGCACGCGGUUGGGGUGUAGCAUCCUCGGGAGGGCCAAGCAAUGGUGCUUGUGGGGCGUGGAGUUCAUGGGGUGUGGGGAACUGCGGGUGGAGCUGGGGUGCGUGGGGCUGGGGCGGCCGGGCCGCGUGGCGAGCCGCAUGGGAUGCCAUGCGAACUUCCGCACGUGAACAUGUAACUCUCAUACACUUCAACACACUCCAUGAUACUCUACAUAAUUAUCUACGCAAGCAUAGGUUCUGCGCUGAUUGUAAGACUAAGGUUUUAAGGGCUUAUCAGUUACUUGUUGAGGAAAAGGAGCCACAUAAAGAGAAAGGGUAUGUGGGGGCACUAUAUGGAGGCAUCAAAAGAUGUAUCCUGGACAAGCACCUCCACCUCCAGGCCAAGACUGAAUACAUAGCAUACCUCAUAGCCCGCGCAGAGCCCGAGCUGGUUGGGAACCACAGGGAAAGGCAUGCAAAGACACUAGAAAUUGCACAGGAAGAGGCGAGUAAUCAAUGUUUCGAGACAAGCGGAGACGGCUGCCAAUCGUGUCAGGACGACUAUACUACGACAAAACGUGGCUCACCCAAGAAAUCUGGCAAAAAGAGGAACAAAAAGAACGAACUCAUUCCUAACGAGCUUGCCCACGAUUGUGGGUAUGCGUCAGGUGGCGGAGUUACAAACGGCGGAUGCUGUGAAACGUUGUCAGGUUCAUCUUCUCUAAUGAGUUCUCCGGAAGGUUCUGAAGUGGCAUGUUCCGAAGGAUUUUGUAACCAUGAGAGAGGUGACUGUAUAGAUAUUGCCAAAAAUGAUAAAUCUUCAUGCACUGGUUUCACUUUGUCACUUCAAGAGAUGUUGGACACAUGUUCGUCGGAUGAGGAACACGACACCAGUUAUAUACCAAUAGAAGAGGUCCUAGAAUUUAAAUCACGUAGGAACAUAACGGAAAAAAGACAAGAGCUCAGGCAGAAUUUACGUCAGAAAUUCGCCCAGCUCUGUGUGAAUCCAACAAACAAUCUUAUAACACAGAAACUGGAUAAGCAAUCUGUGUAACACCAAACACAUUCAAACUGCACAUUGUGAAACAUUUGUAUAUCAAAUACAAUGAUGUAAAUCUGUAAUCGCUUCUAAACCAGUAGAUAAUACAAUAAAUGUGUGUCACAUCCAGAAAUUCAUAAAUACCCGAUAAAUAGAAAUACAUAAAUUGUUCUAAUAUUUCCGUUGUCUGUUACAACUUUGAGCAUGUGUGCAUGCUAUGUUAAUCAUAGGUCGAAAUAAAACAAUUUGAAUAUUUUAUAAUAUUUUUAUAAUUUAUCACAUAAGACACUGUUUAAUUAUAUUUAUUCUGAAAUUAUAAUCAAAGGAAAUCAUGUUAAAUGUUAUAGAUUAUGCUAAUGAUGAGAUUAGCAGAAUCUGGUUUUGUUUACAUUUGAUAAAAACAUUGGUGCUUAUAGAAGGUACAACGCUAGGCUCUAUGCAAGUCAUCUAGACGGGAAAGUAAAAAUUAGUCUUCAUAGAAACAAGUGCAUGUUUGAAUGAAUUUAUGAUAUUAAUCGACUGGAUCAACCAGCAUUUAACAAAUGUUUACAAUUAAAAACCUUAGAAUGCUUUUUAUUGAAAUAUAGUAGCAUUUUUAAUCAAAUUAUAUAAUUUUCAAUUCUUUAUGUGAUUACAUAAUGAACAUUGAAUUUAUUUUAGCUCUUUGUUAUGUAGCUUCAAAUCACGAUCAAAAGGUCUUCAGUUGUCCUCAUUGUCGGGAUUACUGCAGUAAAGUUUGUAACACAGUUUUAAUAUAUUAUACCUCUGAACAA